GUGCGCCUGUUUAUGUAAACAAAAGUAGUUUUUCCACCAAAUGAUCGGAAAGUAUCCUUCAAGAUGACCGCCCGAAUGAUCCAACGCACUCUCCACACGGCCGGCUGCUGCCUUCUGGCCAGAGUUCCUCGUCGCGCCAAUCCCGGACUGGGCUACCAGCUCCAGCAGCUGCAGGAGCAUCCGGCCCAGCCCACCGAAGCCAGCGAGGAUUACGCCGAUCUGGAGUCGGACUUCAUGGGCGUGCAGAAGACCCACCGGCAGUACGAGAGGGAGCAACAGCAGCAGCGCGAUCGCAUCCGUCAGUUUAUGAUCAAGCACAAGUACUUCCGGGAUGCCAAGCUGCCCAAUCUGUUGCUCCAUGCCGAAAAGGAGCAGAUGCGACUGCUCCACGAGCGGGAUCCCGAGGAGUGGAGUGUGGAACGGCUGGCGGAGAGCUUUCCCGCCACUCCGGAGAUUGUGCAGAAAAUUCUCCGGGCCAAAUGGCGACCGAGAAGUGUGCAAAGGAUCCGCUCCCAUGAUGAGAGUGUCAUCCAAAAUUGGCAGCUAUUAAGGUCGGGAAAAGGUGACUUCAACCUACCACCUCCUCUGCUGCAGCAUCUUCAGAAAUUCGCUGAGCGAAGGCGGCAGGAUUUGAGGGAACUGAAGCCCCAAGAUUGGCCCACAAGGCCACAGCUACCAAUUCCCCAGGGAAACGAGUUCCGAAAGCUGCUGGGCAGUAGUAAUCCAGCCCCAGAGGAGCUACCUCCAUCACAAAUCCCCUCCGGCUACGAGGCUCCACCCUCAGCUGCCGAAGAUGAAACCUAUCUGCUGGAUAAAAUCCGCAAUAAAAAGAAGAUGCGUCUGCAGGACCUUAAAGACAUGAAGCUAGUGGAGUCUCCACCUAAAGUUCCGGAGGAACUUAAGCGACCCAUCGAGAAUCCCAGUGGCACUGGCUUCCUGCCCAGCUUCGUGCCCAAGUUUGCGAGCAGCGAGAUUGUGAUCAGCGCAGCGGAUCAGCGGAAGUACGAGAUAAGCCAGGUGAAAACCAGGAUUGUUAUCCCCCGGAAACUGCACCGCCAGGGAGCAACCUAUCGCGUGGAGGAUGCCUACUACGAUGAUGAUGGGGAGCUGCUCUACCGAGUGCCUGGCAUGACGGGAGCCGGAAAGGGUCAAUAAACCAUACAAUGCUUUAGUUUAAAAAAUAUUUAUUCGGAAAAGAGCAUUAUUAAGUAAAAGAAUUCGAAAAUGGUUUAAUCACAAGCGUUCUUCAGCACUAAAUGUAUAAAAAUAUAUCAAUCGUUUGAUACACAGA